AGAAAAUUUAAAAAUUAGAUAUGGAUAUUAAUUUUUCUUUUAAUAAUAAACAAUUCAAUAUUUUGGAAUAUAUUUGUUUCUGGCAACAUUUAAUUUACAAAAAUUGACAUUACGCGCUGUUAAUGUCAAACUGACAAACUCUGCCGGCCCUGGAGUUUCUUGCACUCGACGAGCGAUUGAGAAACGGGCGUCCAUUUUGCUUCGCCAUAUUGAAUUUGGUCGGACAUCUUUGGACGCCAUGUUUAGUCGGACAUAUUUUAUAAACAUUUUCGCGUAAUAUUCAAAUAUUUUUCAGCCUAAAUAACAAACUUUUUUUCACUGAAAACUGUGACAUUGAUCGUAGUGAAUAUUGAACAAGAAAAUUCUGUGUCUACGUAGCAGUCCAUAUCAGUCUCCAAAGGGCCGUCCAGCUUUUGUUACAAGAUAAAUAGAGGUAGGAGGUGGUGUGGUUCAAAAUGAUGAACCAGGAGAUCAUGUGCGAGGUGGAGAUUGGUACGCACGGCUCCAUGGUUGAAAUUGAUGGCGAGGACCAAGUCGGAGUUAAGUACGAAGAGAUAGAAGCGGCGCAAUACGAGGAGUACAUAACUGACGACCAAUAUGAGGAAGUGGAGGAACAAGUCAUCGGUAUGCAGCACCUGGAGGAAGAUUAUAAAAUUGCAGUUGGCAGCGAGGAGGUGAUACUGCCCUGUAUUUCUGGUGAAGAGGUGCUAAACGCCAAUGAGAGCCCCUACGAUCCUUUAUACCAGACCACACCAUCUAGCAGCAGAAGAGGUCGAGGCAGACCCCGUGCCAACGCUAAUAUAGCAAAUAAUAUCCACCAUCUAAUGCCUAUUGGUGAGGUCCCUAUGGGUCUAAUGGAGGGUGUGAACACGGCGGCACGGGGUACAGCACGCCGGUGGGAACAGAAACAGGUGCAAAUAAAAACUAUGGAGGGAGAGUUCUCAGUCACCAUGUGGGCUACUGGCGAAGAUGAUGAUGAUGCUUCAAAUCCUGAGCCUGAUCCAGAUUACACGGAGUACAUGACGGGAAAGAAAAAUAUAUUAGGAAGCGAGACUAUGCCAGGUCUAGACUUAUCAGAUCCCAAGCAGCUGGCGGAGUUUGCCAGACCCGGUCAUAAGAUACGGUUAAAGAAGCCCUCACCAGAAUCAUCUGAUAGAACUAUAGCAUGUCCACACAAAGGCUGCUCAAAGAUGUUCCGCGACAAUUCCGCCAUGCGCAAACACUUGCACACACACGGUCCGCGCGUACAUGUGUGCGCCGAGUGUGGUAAAGCAUUUGUUGAGAGUUCAAAAUUAAAACGGCACCAAUUAGUCCACACAGGCGAGAAACCAUUCCAGUGUACGUUUGAAGGAUGCGGCAAAAGGUUCUCAUUAGAUUUCAAUCUCAGGACCCAUGUGCGUAUUCACACUGGGGACCGUCCAUAUGUCUGUCCGUUCGACGGAUGCAACAAGAAAUUUGCACAGUCCACUAACCUCAAGUCUCACAUACUCACACAUGCCAAAGCCAAAUCUAGAAGUUCCCUGUCACGCAAUAGCGGUAACAAUUACGAAUCGGCGCGGACGACGCCGCAGUUUGUCCAGCUGGAAAUGUCGCCCGACGAUUCGAACCCCCAACUCAUCUUCUACGCACACGACUGAAGCUCCUAGCGACUCGCCACUCGCCUUACGCCCGUCAUAUUCGCCAUCCGCCUUCUCAAAAACACACUGCGACUGGCGCUGAGGUUGUGACAUAUUCUGCUGACGUAUUGUGUGGUGACGCUCUAAUGAAAGUUGUGAAUAGUGAAGUGGGACUCGAAUAGCAAGACUGUGGAACAGAUUUGUAAGACUGGUGAUUGUCGGUAACAUAGUGGUAUACAUUGUAGUUUUAGAGUAAAGUGGAUGUGACCAAAGUUGGAGUAAUUUGGGUGAAAUAACUAACGCCAUUUUCUUUAUUUAGGUUCUUGAUUUAAACACAGUUUUUGUAUGUUUACAAUUCUUUUGCAUUCGGCCGAUUGGACUGACGUUUGAUACGCGCCAGGGGUUACUCAAAACGUAUUUUUUAUUUUGCUUUUCGUUCCUGUGUUAAUAAUGUAUUUUACAUGAAUAAUAUGAAAUAAUUAUAAUGUCGCCAUCAUAGUUAUUUUAAGAACUGGUUCUUUUUUUAAAACAAAUGUUAAUUAUUUUUAUUGAUCUAUUCACGAUACAGAUAAUCUUAAAUUAGAAAUAUUACUUCACAUUAAUAGGGAUGCGACAAUAUUCUUUUUAUGAUUAGAAAUGCCCUAAGAAUAAGUAGUUUAUUUUUUAAUUACUUGUGCUGAUGUAUUUUAUAUUUUUUUUUAGAAUCGUUAAGUAAAUAAUAUUUAUUUACUUGUACGCAUAUAAUAAAUGGUCCAGAAGUUGUAUAUCUAUGUAACCAGAUUGCAUGAAUAGAAACGAGUACAUAUGACCAUUACAGGGCGAAGUAAUUUUUAUAUUGAGUCCAGUCGCAAAUACCUCAUUUUUAUACAUUAUACACAUAGUGCUGUAGGUUAUAAAUAUUGGUAGAUUCAAAAUAUCAGUCGGUAUAUAUUUUAUGUUGUUAUCCAUAAUAAUAGUAAUUCAGGUACAUACAUGCUAGUUCAGAUACUGUUAGUUACAUGUAGUGUUCCUAUGAUGUAUAGUGCCUAUAGUAAAGCCACAUAAUGAUUAUUAUUCAUGAUAUGGCACCAUACCUUCCUAAACAAAUUAGGAAAUUACUAAAUAGGAUUGGUGGAAGCCAUUAAAAUAAAAAAAUGGAACUUUAAGGUCUAUGGCCGAAAUUACAUUAAAUAGUUUGUGGUCAGACAGACUUCAAAUCUUGAAACUAAAAAAGAAAUGGUUAAUAUUCCUAAAUACAAGGUUUCAGAACCUGAGAUUGUACGCUUGAAUAACAUGUAAAUUUUGUACUAUAUUUUAUAGAUAUGCCAAAAAAUAACAAUUGUAAUAUAUAAGUUGAUAUAAUUUUAAUCGAGGAGAAUGCAUACCUAUUGUGUAACUAGAUGGAAAACUAGUUAUGUUGCUCGUGCGGAAUUUGAAUAAAUCAAAACUUUAUUAAAAAAAAUUAAAUACGUUUCAAUGUUUUCGCCCAUUUAUUAUGUAUCUAAUACAUAAAUAUGUUAUAAUAGAUAUUGUUUUUUUAACAAAAUUGAGCAGUGUGCACUAUGUUACACCCAUAUUUUUAUAUUGAAAGUGUUAAGCACUCACAUAAAAUAAUAGUUUUAGUUUUCUUGCGCGGCACUCUAUAUAUCUAUCAAGGUAAUGUACUUGCCCGGAACGGUGCUGUGGCAAAGUACUAUGUGUGUGGAGACGUGAAUGGUACACUAUUCAAGUCUCCACACACGUGAGAAAUGGGAGAACUUGGGCCCACAAGAUACGCACAUGGGUAUCCGUAUGUUACGUAAUAUGUAAUAAUAAAAGUACGCAAUGUAAAAAGUUACUUAUAUAUGUAUAAUAGUGGUACAUAUUUUGUCAAGAUCACACUUGUAUACUCGGAUUCCGCUACAUAUGAUGAACUUAAAAUAUUUUAAUACGGAAAAGAAUAGACACCUAUUCUACAAAUAAUUAACUUUUUUAUACUACGAUAUAAAAAUAAAUCAAAUUUAUACGUAUCGUGCUAUAGAAUUUAGUGAUAUUUACUAAGGGCGAAUGAGGCAUGGCUCCCCACGGUUGAUUACCGAUAUAUUCAUUCUAUUUCGUAUUUUUUAAAACUAAAUAUACAUUCAUUAUGUAUAAACUAUAUCAUUGACAUGAAAUAUAUUUUCCGUUCAUUAUAAUGCAUUCUCCUUAAGUGCAGACAUGGAAAAAUUGACCACUAAGUAUUUCUAAGUCCUAAGUCAUAAUAUAAUUCUAUAACAAAAGAACAGCUAAAAGUAAGAAUGUAAAAGGAAAUGUAAAUAAAGUUUCAAAACAGAACUACACAUUACUACAGUUACAGCCUAAGAGCUCGUCGACAUUUGAGAUAUUGGUCUUUCUGUUAAACUAGACAUAUUUUUGUGAUGAAUAAGCAUGCUAAGUAUGAUUGCCACCAUAUGUUAAUUUAUUUUAUGUACAAUAAUAUUAAAAUUUUAUCGACGUAGGUUUGACAUUUUAAUAAAACUUAGUACAUUAAUUACUAAGUAGGCAUAGGUGGUUAAUUUACAAGCCAAGUUACCUGCCAGACAAGUCAAUAGACAGAGCUUGUGUACCCUCAAUAACUUGCUAAUCUUAUUCAGCAUGCAUCAUUACUAAAAUAAUUUGUUUAAAGAUCAUUAUCGCAAGAGGCUCACGAUCUUUUAGGUUUUACAGAUAUGUAAAAGCUGUUCUACAAAUAAUUUAACUUGGAACAGUCUGCAACACCUGACAUGGGUGUUACAGAUUGUUUCAGAUCUAUUUUUAAGAUUGUUUAAUACCACAAAAUGCACUUGUGCAUAUAAACUUAGUCAUUUAUCAAUAGUUCUCAUUUUAUUCAAUGUUUUCCAUGUAUGCAUUACUAAUUUCAUUAUAAGGCAUACUAAGAGAUGAUUUGGCGAUAUUGUCGUCGCUGGCAUAAAGUUUUGUAAUGACUGAUGUAUAUAUUAUGUUUGUUUAUUAUUGGAAAUUUAGUUGUAUUGCAUUACUUUAUUGAGAUCAAAUUAGGUGGCCUUUAAAUGUGUAUUUAAAUAUAUUCUUUAUUUAGAAAAAGGUAGUAAAUAAGACCACAGCUUAUUUAUAUAAUACAUCUUUUUAGCAAGAAUAUAUAAUGUAAUUUAAAUUUCAGUCAAAUACUUUUUUUAAUAAUUUAAUACUUUAUAAUUAUUACUCUAUCAAUAUGUUUCAAUGUUAUUUUUAAUUCAGUAAGGUAUACACGAGCGAGCCAUUCCGUCGCAGCAUCCGAAAGCAUCUGCCCUAAUCUGUAAUAGCAUGACUGUUUCGAAAUAG